AUGAGUAAGAUCGCCACCCCUGCGGAUGAAGUGUCGCGGGCAAAGCAGCCAGUCACGAAAACCCCGUCCUCCUCCCUGAUCUUCUUCAUUUCCGGCGCAACAGCAGGCGGCGUCGAGUCCACUAUCACCUACCCCUUCGAAUACGCCAAAACCCACUCCCAACUCCGGGCCCAGCAUGUCUCGCAAGCGACAAAAGCUCCCAACAACACCCUCCGCACAAUUACUUCCCUCGUCCAAAUCCGCGGGAUAGCAUCCAUAUACACGGGCUGCGGCUCGCUCGCCGCAGGCACAAUGCUCAAAGCCGGCGUGCGAUUCUUCUUCUACGAUAAUAUCAAGCAGGCGCUUUCGGCGCCUGCACUCGGAAUCCCGAGUUUCGUACAGGGCAUCUUGGCGGGCAUGGCUGCUGGCGCGGCGGAGAGUGUGCUGGCUGUUACGCCGAGUGAGCGGAUUAAAACGGUGUUGAUAGAUCAUGCGAGGGGCGAGUGCCAGAGUCGACGAUUGAGUGGUGGAGGACAGGCUGUUCGGGUUCUACUCGCUGAGCAAGGAAUACGAGGUUUAUAUAAGGGCCUCGUCCCGACGACUGUGAAACAGUCUGCGACGUCCGCGGUGCGGAUGGGGAGUUAUAACAUGCUCAAAGACCUUCGUCGGGCAUACAAUAUCAACGAAAAUGGGAUCACGACGUUCCUGAUGGGCGCGAUUGCGGGGACACUCACGGUAUAUACAACGCAGCCGUUUGACUCGGUGAAGACGCGGGCGCAAGGUUUAGGGGGCACGGGAAUGAGUGCGGCUCUGAAGGGUAUUCUGGCCGAUCAUGGGGUUAAGGGGUUGUGGAGGGGGAGUACCAUGCGGUUGGGGAGGUUGCUACUUAGUGGCGGGAUUGUGUUUUCGGUCUAUGAGAAGGUGAGGGGCGGGUUGGAGGGAUUGUUUUUAUAG